AUCUCUGCCGCCCGAUGAAUGGAGUCGCCUUCUGCCUGGUCGGGAUCCCGCCCCACCCGGAGCCCCGGCCCCCCCAGCUGCCACUGGGCCCGAGAGAUGGGUGCUCUCCUAGGCGUACUCUCCCCUGGCAGGGGCCAAGGACACUACUGCUGCACAAAAGUCUCCAGGAUGGCUUUGGCUUCACUCUGCGCCACUUCAUUGUGUACCCACCUGAGUCGGCCGUGCACUGCAGCCUGAAGGAGGAAGAGAAUGGAGGCCGAGGAGGAGGACCCUCCCCCCGGCCCCGCCUGGAGCCCAUGGACACCAUCUUUGUGAAGAAUGUGAAGGAUGCUGGCCCUGCCCACAGGGCAGGGCUUCGCACAGGAGACCGGCUGGUGAAGGUGAACGGGGAGAGCGUCAUCGGGAAGACCUACUCUCAGGUCAUAGCUCUGAUUCAGAACAGUGAUGACACUCUGGAACUCUCCAUCAUGCCCAAGGACGAGGACAUCCUCCAGCUGGCCUACUCCCAGGAUGCCUACCUGAAGGGGAACGAGCCAUAUUCUGGAGAGGUCCGCAGCAUUCCAGAGCCACCCCCAAUCUGCUAUCCCCGAAAGACCUAUGCCCCGCCAGCCCGGGUCUCCACUUGGGCCACUAUGGUGCCUGAGCCUGUCUCAGCACUGCCUAGCGACCCCCGGAGUCCUACUGCCUGGAGUGACCCGGGGCCCCGUGUCCCAUCUGCUACCCGUGCCCACCUGGACAACUCUUCCUUGGGGAUGAGCCAGCCCCGCCCCAGCCCUGGUGCCUUCCCCCACCUUCCCUCAGAGCCCCGGAUGCCCCGUGCCUUCCCGGAGCCUGGCAGCCGGGUGCCCCCCAGCAGACUGGAGUGCCAGCAGGCCUUGUCACACUGGCUGUCAAACCAAGUCCCCCGCAGGGCGGGGGAGAGACGGUGCCCAGCUAUGCCUCCCCGGGCCCGCAGUGCCUCCCAGGACCGCUUGGAGGAUGUGACUGCCCACCGCCCAUGGCCCUGCUCCACUUCCCAGGAUGCCUUGAGUCAGCUGGGCUGGGAGGGCUGGCACCGAGCUCGCUCAGACGACUACCUGAGCCGGGUGACUCGCUCAGCUGAGGCACUGGGGCCAGGGGCACUAGUGUCUCCCCGCUUUGAACGCUGUGGCUGGGCUUCCCAGCGUCCAUCUGUCCGCACCUCUGCUUGCCCACCUCGGGACCUGCCAGGGCCCCAGGGCCCACCUGCAGCUGGCCUUCAGGGCCUGGAUGACAUUGGGUACAUUGGGUACCGGAGCUAUAGCCCAUCAUUCCAGCGCCGGACUGGCCUCCUGCACGCACUCUCCUUCCGGGACUCACCGUUUGGGGGGCUUCCCACCUUCAACUUGGCCCAAUCCCCUGCACCAUUCCCACCAGAGGCUGCUGAACCACCCAGGGUUGUCCGGCCAGAAUCCAGUACCCGGGCCCUGGAGCCUCCCUCCGAGGACCGCCGUGAUGAGGUGGUCCUGAGGCAGAAGCCUCCGACGGGGCGCAAGAUCCAGCUGACCCCUGCAAGACAGAUGAACCUUGGACUUGGUGAUGAGUCCCCAGAGCCAGAGGCCAGUGGGCGAGGGGAACGCCCGGGCAGGAAGGUGGCCCCUUUGGCCACCACCGAAGACUCUCUGGCUUCCAUCCCCUUCAUUGAUGAGCCCACCAGCCCCAGCAUUGACCUCCAAGCCAAGCACGUCCCCGCCUCUGCUGUGGUCUCCAGUGCCAUGAACUCAGCCCCCGUCCUGGGCACCAGCCCGUCCUCCCCAACCUUCACCUUUGCCCUUGGCCGCCACUACUCUCAGGACUGCAGCAGCAUCAAGGCUGGCCGCCGCUCCUCCUACCUGCUGGCUAUCACCACGGAGCGCUCCAAGUCCUGCGACGAUGGGCUCAACACCUUCCGGGAUGAGGGUCGGGCUCUGCGGCGCCUGCCAGACCGAGUGCCCAGCCUGCGGAUGCUCCGGAGCUUCUUCACCGAUGGGUCUUUGGAUAGCUGGGGUACAUCUGAAGAUGCUGAUGCCCCUUCUAAGCGACACUCAACCUCUGACCUCUCAGAUGCAACUUUCAGUGAUAUCAGGAGAGAAGGCUGGUUGUAUUAUAAACAGAUCCUCACCAAGAAGGGGAAGAAAGCGGGCAGCGGCCUGCGCCAGUGGAAGCGGGUGUACGCCGCGCUGCGGGCGCGCUCGCUCUCGCUGAGCAAGGAGCGGCGGGAGCCCGGGCCGGCGGCGGGGGCUGCGGCGGCCGGCGCAGGUGAGGACGAGGCGGCGCCCGUCUGCAUCGGCUCCUGCCUGGUGGACAUCUCCUACAGCGAGACCAAGAGGAGGCACGUGUUCCGGCUGACCACCGCUGACUUCUGUGAAUAUCUCUUUCAGGCUGAGGACCGGGAUGACAUGCUGGGCUGGAUCAGAGCGAUCCGAGAAAACAGCAGGGCCGAGGGCGAGGACCCCGGCUGUGCCAACCAAGCUCUGAUCAGCAAGAAGCUUAAUGAUUACCGCAAAGUGAGCCAUAGCUCUGGGCCCAAAGCUGAUUCCUCCCCAAAAGGCUCUCGUGGCCUGGGGGGCCUCAAGUCUGAAUUCCUCAAGCAGAGUGCAGUCCGGGGCUUCAGGACUCAGGACCAGCCCGCAGGGAGCAAGGAUGACAGUGCUGCUGCCCCCAAAACCCCCUGGAGCAUCAACAUUAUCAAGAAGAACAAGAAAGCAGCUCCAAGAGCAUUUGGGGUCCGGCUUGAGGAGUGCCAGCCAGCCACAGAGAACCAGCGCGUCCCCCUGAUUGUGGCUGCCUGCUGUCGCAUCGUGGAGGCACGGGGGCUGGAGUCCACAGGCAUUUACAGAGUUCCUGGCAACAAUGCAGUAGUGUCCAGCCUGCAGGAGCAGCUCAACCGCGGGCCUGGUGACAUCAAUUUGCAGGAUGAGCGCUGGCAAGACCUCAACGUGAUCAGCAGCUUGCUCAAGUCCUUCUUCCGAAAGCUGCCUGAGCCUCUCUUCACUGAUGACAAAUACAAUGACUUCAUCGAGGCCAAUCGCAUCGAAGACUCAAGGGAGCGGAUGAAGACGCUGAGGAAGCUGAUCCGAGAUCUCCCAGGACACUACUAUGAAACACUCAAAUUCCUUGUGGGGCAUCUCAAGACCAUUGCUGACCACUCUGAGAAAAACAAGAUGGAGCCCCGGAACCUGGCCCUGGUCUUUGGGCCGACGCUGGUGAGGACGUCUGAGGACAACAUGACAGACAUGGUAACCCAUAUGCCUGAUCGCUACAAGAUCGUGGAGACGCUGAUCCAGCAUUCAGACUGGUUCUUCAGCGAUGAGGAGGACAAGGGAGAGAGAACCCCUGUGGAUGACAAGGAGCCUCAGUCAGUGCCCAACAUCGAGUACCUCCUGCCCAACAUUGGCAGGACAGUGCCUCCUGGUGACCCAGGUUCAGAUUCUACCACCUGUAGUUCAGCCAAGUCCAAGGGCUCCUGGGCCCCCAAGAAGGAGCUGUACGCCCGGGAGAUGCUGGCGAUCUCCUUCAUCUCGGCCGUCAACCGCAAGCGGAAGAAGCGGCGGGAGGCGCGGGGGCUGGGCAGCAGCACGGACGACGACUCGGAGCAGGAGGCGCACAAGCCCGGGGCGGGGGCGCCGGCUCCGGGGCCCCAGGGGCAGCCAGAGGGGCAGCUGCCGGGCGCCGCUGCCCCCGAGGCGCCCGGGCGUCUCAGCCCCCCGGCAGCGCCGGAGGAGCGGCCGGCCGCGGACACGCGCUCCAUCGUCUCGGGCUACUCCACUCUUUCCACCAUGGACCGCAGCGAGUGCUCGGGCGCCGGCGGCAGGCGGGCGGGCGCAGGGGAUGAGGCGGACGACGAGCGCAGCGAGCUGAGCCACGUGGAGACGGACACGGAGGGUGGCGCAGCCGGCGCAGGGCCGGGGGGACGCCUGGCGCGCCGGCCCUCCUUCACCUCGCACCAUCUCAUACCCUGCGACACCCUGGCGCGACGCCGCCUGUCCCGGAGCCGCCCAGACGGCGAGGGCGCGGGCACCGGCCGGGGCGGCCCGCGUGCCGCCGAGCUGCCCGGCUCGGCCUCAUCCAGCAGCCAGGAGUCGCUGCGUCCCCCGGCGGCGGCGGCGACAGCACUGGGCUCGCGGCCGUCGCGCAUCGAGGCCUUGCGGCUGCGUCUCCGCGGCACGGCGGACGACAUGGCCGUGCGGCUGCGGCGACCGCUGUCGCCCGAGACGCGGAGGCGUCGGAGUAGCUGGCGCCGCCACACGGUGGUGGUGCAGAGCCCGCUGACCGACCUCAACUUCAACGAGUGGAAGGAACUGGGCGGAGGGGGCACCCUGGAGCCCACGGGCGCGCGGGCACACAGUGACAACAAGGACUCCGGCCUCAGCAGCCUGGAGUCCACCAAGGCGCGGGCCACAUCGUCCGCAGCCUCGCUGCCUGCCGCGUCCGGGGACCCCGGGGCCCUGCAGAGCCAGCCUCUGCGCCGCUCGGCCACUUCCCGCCUCCAUCAGUGUCUGUGACAGCUCUCCCUAGCGCCCCUUCUCUAGCUGGUACCCUCUGUUGCUCCUGGGUGCACGGGGUGACGAGUGGAGGACGCCGCAGGCCGCGUCUUUGGUUGGUGUGCUGGGAAUUGGGAGGGGGCGGGCAGCGGUGAAGGCUGGAGCUGGGCAGAAUGAAUGGAAGGCGGUCCCGGAGGUAAUGAGAGGAAGAGGAGAGGGCUGGGCUUUCGGGGUAUGUGUCCCUGCACAUGCGUCUGAGUAGGCUCUUCUGGGCCUUUCUGUGGCUGCACUCAGGGGCUGUGUGGACCAUGAGUGUGGCUAGGUAACCCCAAGUUUCAGACUAAAGAGAAGAUAUUGGGCAAUGCUGGCUUUUUGCUUUCUCUGCGCCCCACCUUUCCCCCAGUUAGCUCCUAAGGCAGGAUGUGUGUGUGUCUGGGGAGAGGAGGCAUAGGGUGGUGGUGUCCGUGGGGAGAGGGACUUCUCUGUGCAAGUGUGUGUAGUCACUGUCCAAAGGUGUUUCCAGUAGUAACUUCUGCCACCCCCUUUUCCUCCCCAUCCCCACCACCCAUGGGCUCCCUGCUUUAGGUGCAUACAGGGAUCCUGACUCCCUGCCCUUGUCAGAGCCAGAGAAGGGGGUAAGGGACCUUCCAAGAGGCAGGACUGAAACCUUCCUGGGGUUGCUCCUCUGACUUUUAUGCCAACCCCUAAAUCACUCCCUUCCCCCCCCCCUCCAGCGCUUUGAUCAUGGAAGCUGCCUGUUCCUCAGUUUGGGAAGGGUCUAGGUCCCCUGCUGGCAUCUCCCUGGCCCCACCUUUGUUCUUCCAGAGGUGCCUGCUCCUUCCACAGCUCAGGCACACAGAGCCCUCUCUCAUUUCCCUUGGGGAGGGGACAGUAAAAUAUCUCUGUCUCACAUACACUGAUUUAUGGGACCUGAGCUGGGCUAUUCCUGCAGAAUAUGUGGAAACCAGCCUCUUCUUUCCCCCACAUGUUGUAAAUAGACCUCAGACCACCAGGCCCACCCCCCCCUGCACUCAUUCCAGGGAAGCCCAGGUGGGGCUGUGACCCUGCUGCCACCUCUAUCAGUCCUCUUGUUUUAUGCAAAGACUUACUGUAAAGUAGAUUUCUUUCUCCUCCUGCCCCAUCCUUUUAUUGUAAAUAUUGUCUCUAAAUGUGUAACAUAUUAUAAAGAAUUUAUAAGGAUUUUUAAAGAUGUUUUGCUCAUUUACAAAAGUGUUGUAACAGUGUUGGAUAAAGCCUCCUGCCCCACAUCCGCAUGGUUCUUUUCACUGUGUCCUUGACACACCUCUCUGGCGACAACUAAAAUUUCCUGCUUCUGAAAAGUCCUGUCUUAAAAGUACGGUCUAUAUCUUGGAAAUAAAUGGCCUUCCUUGAGGCA